GACUCGCUAGCUGGUUUGAGAACUGGUGGUUUAGUGAACUAAUAUUACCGUAAUUGCGACAUGAUGCAAUCGCGCUACUGGCGGAACUACGGUAAGGGCGUGGUGACGUCAGCACACACCUUCAACCAAUGAGGCGGGGCGUCUCGUUGCCUUGGAAGGUCGUCAAGCCGGUCUGCGCGCGCACGGUGCAAGGACGAUAAUUCCGCCCUUACGGUUAUGUGUUAUGGCUUUAAAUAAAACAUAAAGCAUAAACCGUCUGCCUCCUGAAGCCAGACAACGCCGGUGAGUCCCAGCGACCCGAUCACUUCCCAAAUAUCCCUGGUUCUCAGUGAUAUUCCUGCAGGUGCAAGAGUGCAUGUGUUCCUAAAGCAAGGCUUCUGCCUGGGGAAGAACCUGCAGCAUGUGUGAUGAAGCCAAGAGAGCAGAGCCCAGGGCCAACGGGAAGCAAUGCUCAUGGGCAUCUUACAUGACCAACUCACCAACUCUCAUCGUCAUGAUUGGCCUCCCUGCACGAGGCAAGACCUACAUGUCAAAGAAGCUCACACGUUAUCUCAACUGGAUUGGCGUUCCAACUAAAGUCUUUAAUCUGGGAGUCUACAGAAGAGAGGCGGUGAAAGCAUACAAGUCCUAUGACUUUUUUAGACAUGACAAUGAAGAGGCUAUGAAAAUAAGGAAGAAGUGUGCAUUGGUGGCCCUGCAAGAUGUGAAGGCUUAUCUGAAUGAAGAAGGAGGACAAAUUGCAGUAUUUGAUGCUACAAAUACAACCCGAGAGAGGCGUGAUCUCAUCCUGAAUUUUGUGAAGGAAAAUGCAUUUAAGGUGUUUUUUGUGGAGUCUGUCUGUGAUGACCCGGAUGUUAUUGCUGCUAACAUUUUGGAAGUAAAGGUGUCGAGUCCAGAUUACCCAGAAGGUCACAGAGAACGAGUCAUGGACGACUUCCUGAAACGUAUCGAGUGCUACAAAGUCACUUACCAACCACUGGAUCCUGAUGAUUAUGACAAAGAUCUGUCCUUCAUUAAAGUGAUGAACGUAGGCCGUCGUUUCCUGGUGAACCGCAUACAGGACUACAUCCAGAGCAAGAUCGUCUACUACCUCAUGAACAUCCGUGUGCACUCCCACUGUAUCUACCUGUGCCGGCAUGGAGAGAGCGACCACAACGUACAGAGUCGCAUCGGGGGCGACUCGGAGCUCUCACCCCGCGGCAAGCAGUUUGCGACAGCUCUGCGUGGGUUUAUUGAGGAGCAUGGCUUGUCAGAUCUGAAGGUCUGGACCAGCCAGCUGAGGAGAUCCAUUCAGACUGCUGAGGCUCUGGGAGUGCCAUAUGAACAGUGGAAGAUCCUUAAUGAGAUUGAUGCUGGUGUGUGUGAGGAAAUGACCUACGAGAUGAUUCAGAACUCAUUCCCAGAAGAGUUUGCACUUCGAGACCAGGACAAGUACCAUUACAGAUACCCAGGAGGAGAGUCGUAUCAGGAUCUGGUCCAGCGUCUGGAGCCGGUGAUUAUGGAACUGGAGAGACAGGGAAAUGUUCUGGUCAUCUGCCACCAAGCUGUCAUGAGAUGCCUUUUGGCGUAUUUUCUGGACAAGAACGCAGAUGAUCUUCCAUACUUAAAGUGUCCUCUCCACACUGUCCUGAAGCUCACCCCUGUUGCUUAUGGUUGCAAAGUGGAAAUGUUUUAUCUGAAUGUGGAGGCAGUGAACACACACCGAGACAGACCAUUAGGGCAAGCUCGGAGGACUCCGGCCCCCCUGCUGCUCCGGCGGAAUAGUUACACCCCUCUGUCCAGUCUCGACCAGGUCAAACGGCCACGUCUGUACAGCGCCGGAAACCGGCCCUGGUUGCCCCUCGCGCCCUCCCCCUCAGCCCUGCACCUCCCUGACACUCCUGAAGGGACGCUGCUGCACAGCCAACUUCGAGUAUCAGGCAGUUUUCUGAAUCCUUGUGUGAAGGAAUCGUCUUUGAAAGCGCAGAAGACGGUGCUGACUGUUUCCGCUUCUGAGUAGCCCUGAAGGCUCGGGGUAACUUCAAUUCAACGCACAGCUUCAAUCCAGCAAUAUGUAUAAAGCACUAUAUAAAUCCUUUACUGCUUUACUGAUGACUGCACUGCAUUCACCUUUAGCCCACUACAUGCAUUAAGGAGUGCCAGAUAUUUGCAUGUGUGCUUUAAAAAGUUGCACAUUUGGAAGCCAAGCUUUAAUGCUCCUUAGUUAGCAUGUGUGGGAGCUUGCGAUCUGAGAUUUCCAACCAGAAUGUAAUCAUUUAGACAUGAAUAAGAGGUCAAAGGCCAUGUGUGAUUAUUUAAUGUUCAUGUUUUUGCCUUUAAAUUUGCAGGGUUUCUUUCUUGUGGUUGUUCCUUUUCACAUCAUUUUUUAAAUGAUAAAUUUAUUUCUGAAAUCUUAAGUGAAAUGAUAGAUUUUUAACCAAAGAUGUUCUACAAUUAUACAUUGAAAAAUGUUUAAAUAUGUAACAUCUAGGUGAUUUCAUGUUUGGGGUGUUGUUUAGCCCUUGGCACUUUUAAAAAUGACAUUUAUUUUUUUUAUUUAUUUUUAUAUAUAUAUUAUUUUUUAGCAUUUUCAACAUUGAAUCAAAGAAAGGCAAAAAAUGUUUUUACAAGCUGCAUUUUACUCUUAAACGAGGAACAGGGUUAAAAGUAAGGGUUGAAUGUUUAGGAUAGAAUUAGCAAAUGCACAAAUUGAGGUUAACUAACAACUAAUGACAUAAGGACAUUAAGAACAUUCUAAUGAUUUAUUUAAAAUAUUUUUAAAUUAAUAAUUUUCUUUCAGUUGGUAAUUUGGAAGUCAAAAGUGGACUUGUCAGUCAUUAACACAAUAUUAACAAAACAAAAAAAACCAAUGAGAGAACUUUGCUUUUCUUCCCAUGAUCUUCAGGAAAUUUAGAUGAUGCAAGUUCCUGGUGACUUUUGGAAUAUUCCAUAUAUUUCAUGGGGUAAAUGUGCUCAGGUAACAGGGUUGAGUGAAUGUUGUGGGACUAAUGUUUUUAUAACAUUUAUAACAACAUUUUUAUGACCUCUAAAGGCUGACGUGGAAAAAGGUAUUUCUUACUUUUAUGAUAUUUCAAGGUAAAGUGUAGUUAUAGUGGGAUGGGACAGGCAAGAAAUGCGGUAUGAAAUGUAUUUAUCUGAAAUAUGCACAUAGAUUGUGUUGAAAGACACUUUACCCGUGUUUAAAAUGUCAUUUAUCUAUGUGGGACAUAAAUGGCACCUUGAGCAUGAAAUCCAUGUGAGCUUGGUCUACCACUACUAUCUGUCACUCAUGAAAUGCUAAAACUUCAGGCUGUAAAUGGAGAUUUUGACACAGAUUUAUUUUAUAUAGUUCAAAGAUACGCACAGAUGGUUAUCCAAAACUGGGUUAAUAUUAAACUGUAUUUAUAUUUUUAGGAAAAUGUUUUGUCUUACUUAUUAUGCUCUUGAGAUUUAGGCUGCUGUCAUUGGGUGAUAUGAGAUUAUAUUAAUUUUUUUUUUUUUUUAAUUUAAGUCAUUUCAUUGCAGAAAUGAGAUCAAGAUGGUAAAUCAUCUCAGCCUUAGGGUCAUAUACUUACACUUUCUAUACAUAUAUAAAUGUUUGAAAUAUGUCUAGUAUAGACUGAUUCUUGUAAGUCAGCUGCAUGUAUCAUUUUGCACAUAUGGCUAAAUGUCUGAGCUUUUUGCGCAAAACAGGACAGUGCCAAAACUGAAAAAGAUUAGUCACAUUGAUCAUAUCCUAACAUUAUCCUCAGGCAGAGUCACAGUAUGAAAUCUUGUUAAUUUGUUGUUUAAAUUGUGUAAUUAUGUAUGUUCUGUCCUUCCUGCCUUUCAGUUAUUUGCUGUUUAUGUGCAAUAAAAGGCUCAAAUCAGCAA